CAUCUCCGGUGGUGUUCCGUAUCUUCGCUCAUAAAUCUACCGCUGCUCUUUCUUAACUAACACCGCUCUGUCCCGACGCUGUUCCUGGACUUCUUCUAGCGGGAGGCAGAGCGACAUAUCUCAACCUUUAAAGUUUUGAUACUGCGGGACUUUAUUUUUUAAAAGAGACCACGAGCUGAAAGCCAUGAAACAAUUCACCCCAGGGUUUUUGCCAGCCUACAACAGCCUCACUGACAAACAUCUUGCAGAUUACUUCAGCAACACUCGAAUCAGAAAACACCUGCUGAAAGCAGGACUGAUCACCAGGAGUGGGAGAAUUGUUCCGGAAAAGGAUUAUAAACAUAAACUGAUCCAGACAGCCAACCAGAACAAUGUCCGAGAGUGCCUGGCCCAAGCCAUUUUCCAAAAGGUGCUGGAGAGAGAGCACUACUACCAAAUCGAGAUCAAAAAGAAACAGACGGAUUAUGAAAGGAAGCAACGAGUGCAAAGGGUUAAGGUGGCGCGCUGUAAAAAGUACGAGGAAGAGAUGAUCCGCGCCCUGACUCCAUGCCCCCCCAUGACAUCCAAGUCCAUCUGGACACAGUUCUCAGUUCCACUGGGGAAACACUUUCAAUCCUCUGACUUCCCAAGCUUUCCUCGACCAAACACGGCUCCUGGAAAGAUGCAGAGGCCGGUGCGCCUAAAGCCCAUCCAGAGGAGAAGCUACACAGCUUUACCCAGACACAUCUCACCUUACAGAAAAAGUACGUCCUUUCUGGAGAGCCAGCCGUUCAACUGCCUUACGAGCAUGAAGUCCCGCAGACGUUUUACCCCAAAAGACAACUACCCUGGUCUCGACCACUUCUGUCUCCCAGUCACCAAGAACUUUAUAAUACCAGUGCCCCCAGAGACACCCCCAAAAGUCACCCCCAGCAGCACCAUCAGAAGCCGCAGACUGCGCCCCAGCACUUCUUCCAGUGGAGUUGAGGAACCCCCUUGGCUAAGGACCUCAGUUCACCAGAGUCGAGUGCGUAUGACCAUGGUGUACUUUGGCAAACUGGUUCAUCUCUCUGACCACCCAUCCAUUAUAAGGGAUGAAAUCAAAGUGCUACAGCAGCACUGUGGAGGAGAAAACUUGUGUGUGUACCAGGGAAAACUCUGCGAGGGAGAUGUUUUCCAGUUCCUUUCAAGGCGCCACAAAGGUUUUCCCUUCAGCUUGACCUUCUACCAGAACGGGUUGCUAGUGGAGCGGCUAAGCUCCUGCUGUGAAUAUAAACACAGUAAAGGCUCCCGAAUCGGAGGAAGGCAUGGACUCUUUGGCUUCUGUAGCAUGGAAGGGGCGUCUCCUUGUUACAAGUGCAUCUUAGCAAUGAGCAUGGACAGACAGCCCAUUCCUCCUCCAAAGAAAGUCAAAGAAGAACAAUCAGCCGCUAGCCUUAAAGAUGAACCUGAGAAGGAAUCAAAUGCAAGUGAGGAGGAAGCUGCGUCAGACCAGGCGUUUGAGAGCAGUCAUACACCUGAAAUGGACACAACAGUCAGAAAACAGUCAGCCACUAGCCUUAAAGACGAAAAUGAAAUGGAGGCAGAGGCAACUGAGGAAGGAGCUGUUUCAAAACAGGAGUACACGAGCCAUCAAUCACCUGAAAUGGACACAACAGUCAUAGAACAGUCAGCAUCUGUGGAGAGCAACAUCAUAAAUGAUUAUGAAGAAGACUUUGAAGCAGAUAAUGAAAGUUCUAUGGAAGAAACAACAUUGCAAGAAAUGAAAUCCCAGGAUGAGGAGACAGAGGCGUGUGAGGUUGAGGAAGAGGAGGACAAUGGCGAAGAGAACAGGUCUCGUUCAGUCUCCGUCAUGUCAGGUAGAUGUACGGAGAAGACUGGUGUUGAAACCACAAUACCCUCGGAAGAUGAGGAGAAAGAAGAUAAUACUAAAGAGGACAACCAAGCAGAAGCUGCUGCUCCUGUAAGUAAAAAAGUCAAAUGGAUAAACGAGGAAACCUCUCCCGGCAUAGUCAAGUCCGCUUCGGUCAAUAACUCAGAGUUACUGGACAACGCCAUGGACAGCACAGGGAUUGAAAUUGCUGCCACCAGCGUCCUCCGGGGGAAUGAUAAUGAACUGAGCUCUGUCCCCUCAGAAGACAAAAAUGUAGAGGAUUCUGAAUAUGAGAUCAAAACUGAAGAUGAGCUAGAGAGGGCCAAAUCUGUGCAGGAGAAGCUGGCAGAAGCCAUCCUGAAGGAGUCUCAGAGUAGCUCUGAGCCUGAAUUGAGCGACACUAGUACCGAGGAAGAGGAGGUAUCUGUGGAUAAAGCCCCUGACAAAGAAAACAAAGAACAUCUGAAGACUCUGGUAGAAGAGACGAAUUGUGAAGAAAAUGUUACCAAUGAAGUUGUAGAGGAACAAAAAGUGUUUACAGAAGCAGAAGAAGAGGAGGACAAGAUAUCGGACCAUGGUGACAACACUCAAGAAGAGAGAGUCGGUGAGGUUGGGGAGGAUGGAAAGCCCACAGAGGAUGAAGUCAGAACACAGAGGGAUAAAUCAGAGGAACCAGGUGAAGCCCACCUCCCUGUAGACGGAGAGGUGGCACAAGACGACAAGAUAGAGGAUCCCUUUGAAAGAAGUGAUGUUGAGGCUACCCAUAAUGAUGAAGAAAAAGUGGAAAAAGGUUCAGCAAAACCUGACAGUCAGCAUGAUGAGUCGGGGCAAAGGGCAAAAAGCAGAGAAAAGGAUGAGUCAUCAGUAUUAGAGCCAAGUGAGGAGGCCGAUGAGCCAGCAGUGCCAGAUAUUGCUGAGGCAGAGGCUACAAGCGAGACGAUGGAGACAAAAGCAGAAUCGUCAGAGGAACAAGAGGCCCUCAGCUGUGAAGAGGCACCUGAGACCGGCACAGACGAGAUGCAGGCAGACAGCGAGGAAGCUCAAGUCACAGUGGAGAAUUCAAGCAGAUCACCAGAGGAGUGUGGGGACUCCACAACUGAGAAAACAGUAGAGAUGCAUGUGGAAGCUGUGAAAACCCAGAGCAUUAAUGAUGAAAUUCAUGUAGAAACAAAACAGCAAUUGUCAAGAACUGAAGAGGGAGAGGAUGACAGUCGAGAGGAAAACUGUGGGGUAAGAGACGAAUCUGUGGAAGAACAUGAAACAGCAGAGAGGCAAAACCUUACACAUUUAGAGGAGAUAACAGAAGCUGAAAAUGAAGCAGAAGAAAUUAAUGAUGAAAGCAAGGUUGAUGAAAGUAAUGAGCAAACUAAAAACCCACCAGAGGGGACCGAAUGUGAAGAAAUUCAAGAUGAGGAGAGUAAAGACGAAAUUAGAGAGACUGAGAAAGAUGGUAAUGAAGAAGAUGAGGGUAAAAUCAGCUGGGGCGAACCUGAAGCCAAGACAGAUGAUAAAGGUCAAGCUAGCGAAGAAGGGAGUGAGACAAAGAAAGUUUUACGAGAAAAAGAUGAUGAAGCAGGAAUGUUGGAUAAUGGUGAGAAGGAAAAAGUUGAAGGGAAUAAAACCGAUGAAGAAUAUGAAGAUAUAACCAAGAACAGUGUAGCAGAGGAAAGAGAAACAUCUGAGAUCACAGAAGUACCUCAGAAAAGUCAAGAUACUGACUUGGAUACAGAAAAAAUGAAAACAAUUUCUGAAAUUAUCGCUGAGUCAGAGAAAGUCAGUGAAAGUAAAGCAGCAGAAGGGACUGAAAUGCAUCAGCCAACUCUAGCUGUUGCAGAAUCCGAGACUGGUGAAAGAGAAGCACAGAAGGAAAGUGAAAGAGGAGAAAUAGACGCUAAAAAUGGGGAGAGUUCUUUCGCGACUGAGCGUGAACCUCAAGAGGAUGAGGAAAAUGCUGUAACAUCUGACGAGAAAAGACAAACGAAUGAGCCAGAUGAAGAAAUUGAGAGCACAGAAGUAAAAGAGGUAGUUAUGGAGUCUAGAGACAAUGCCGAAAAACAAGAGGACAGCUUGACUGAUCAGGCCCCAGAGACUGGUGUACCGGAAAGCGAUGCCAAAGAAACGGAUGGCAGCAUGGUGAAGCAUGAUGAAGCUGCUAGCAGGGUCUCAGAGCCAGAGACAUUUGGAGCAGAAAUACAAGAAGAGAGAAAUGCCAAUGAGGACGUAGAUGAAGUUGAAAAUGAGAACAAGGUGUACAAUUUGAUCCUAAACAACGCUGAGAGCGAUAUCAGUGAGGUGUCUCCUUUAGGCGAAAUCUCUUCUGCUGCUGAUGUGGAGGAAACAGCUAAGCAAAAAGAUGAAGGGACAUCUAGGUCUAUAACUGACAAAGCACUAGAAACCGGAGAGAAUGGAGAGGACACAGAGGAGGCAAGCAAGGCAUCAGAGGAAGGAGCAAGUGUUCUGCUCAAACCUCUAGCUCCAAACACAGAGGGAGAAGAUGUUGUCGGUGAAGGAACCCCAGAGGCUUUAUCAAGAGAUGACAAUACGGAUAUGGUCACAAACUGGAUACAAAUGCACCAAACAUCAAAGUUUUUCGAGACAUUUGUUGAGCCUUUAGAAGAUCUGAGGAAUGAGGUCCCAGAUGCACAGGUAUCCAACCCAAAUGGUGAAGAAAAAGAAUCUGCCGAGCUACUAAGACCAGAGAGCCCAACAAAGAUGGGAAGGAUCUCAGAGGAUGGAGACAUAGAGGACUCAAGAAAAGAAACUCAAGCUAAAGCUAUUGAAGGUGGACUACAAGGCAGCGAGGAGGCCGGUAAGAAAAGCCCUGAAACAAAUAAAGAGACUGACCAACAUGACAGUAGGGGAUCACAAGGAGAUGACAAAGUAAGUCAAGAGGGAAACACACCUUUUACAACUGAAGUGGAAACUUUCUCAAGUUCUCUCAAAGCCAAAAGCGAUUUUGAGAAUCAAAGUGGUGGAAAUGCAAACAGUGGUCCAGACCUGAUUGUGAAACAAACAGCCACAGAUCCUUCAUUCAAACCAGAACAAUCAAACUCCCUGAACGGACAGGGCGACACAGACAACACAUUGAACAACAUCAGCAGAGACGGGCAUCAAAUAACGAAGCUCACAACAUCUCACUCAGCUGAUGGAAGCAGGGAAGAGUCCUGCGAUGAAGAUGUCCAAACUAAAAUGUUAGAGCGACGCUUCAGUGGAGAGACAAGAGACACGCAAAUCAUCGAAGACAUCAAACACACCCUGAGCAAAGAGCGCCUGAGCACUGUCUCAUUGUUUGGACACACUUCUUAUCCUUUACUGACCACUUCAGGGUCUGAUGGUGGACAGUAACGAUAAUGUGAUAUUUUAAUCGCUAAUUUGAGAAAAUCUUGUUUAACUUAGGAUCCAUAGAUAAUCAAUUGCAGCAAUCAAGAGCAAAUACGACAUAGGUUUGGGUUUGACAGAAUUCCUCAAGUGUCUCUUACUGCCUGUGUGUUUUUUGGAAUAAGUACUUAGACAUCCGUCGCACCUGAAUAACCAGAAAGAACAAGCUGUACCUUGUGUUUUGACUACUGGUCGCAAUGUUUACAGUAGACCCACCUCUUCUUCUGUUAGUCACAAUGUGGCGGUAUCAAGUACAGCCGCUAUCAUCUAUUACCUGUAAACGGAUCCACCUCGACUCCUGCUUACGGAUGAUUGAAUAAUUCAUAGCUGUCAGACUCCCGCAUCUUUAGCCGACCUCUGAUGCACUUUACAUUUCCAACCAAGUGGCUAUGAGAAGGCCAGCUUUCAUCAGGGGUCUGUAAUUCAAACUGGUAAUGGCCAUUUCAAUCAACAGUCUGACAUGAUUACCUAGUGACAUUAUCAGCAACAGGAGACCGAUAAUGAUGAUUAGCUUGGUGGUGAUGAAGUGAAAUGUCAAAAAGAUCCUUGCUGCUAAUGCCUAACUGUAUUUUUUUUAGAUAGUUAAUAUUUUUAUUGUCUCAUGUUUAGGUGUAGGUGUGUGCAGCUUCAGCAUUUUAUGUGAUAUCUAUCCCUGAUGUACAGCUUGUGUGAAUAGGCCAACAUGAAAAUAAAUGUAAUGAGAAUUGAAA